UGGGCGUUAGCGGGCUCUUUACAUUUUCCUCACGACAAUUCAGUAUACACUUGAUCCACGACGCUCGAUCCUACCGCUGUAGACUCUUUCGCAAUGAAGAGACUACUGGCGUUCGUCUUCAUUACACUGUUCACCGAUCCUGCAAUCAGGUUCUCAGUCAUCGCGAGCACGGACUGCGCCAAGGAUAUCGAGAGUCACUCGCCGACGUUGCGUUUACGGAGACACCUGUUUUGCGACUAUGAUAAAGCGGUCCGUCCAUCUAUUCACCAAAACAACGCCACGGUGGUGAAUCUAAGACUGAUGCCGAAAUUCAUCGAAUUCGAUGAUCAUUCGAAUACCUUGGUGAUUCACGCUUGGAUGUCGAUGUAUUGGGUCGACGUCAACUUGAAAUGGACCAAGGAUAGCUUCGAUGCGAUUGAUGCGAUUCACGUGUACAGCGACGAAGUUUGGUCGCCCGAUAUAUCCGUUUACAACUCGGGCGACAUGGGAUACGAACAGUCAGGAGUGCCUAGAACAAGUUGCAUACUAAUGAGCAAUGGAAUGACGAUGUGCGUUCUACCGGUGAAGUAUGUGACACGCUGCGUCGCGGAUUUCAAACACUGGCCCUUCGACAGACAAAAUUGUACCAUUCGUCUCGGAUCGUGGGCGCACACCGGGGAAGAGAUAGACUUUCACUUGACCGGACACGGGAUCGAGAUGAUGGAUUAUACCCCGAAUCGGGAAUGGAAGGUCCUGUCGGCUAACGCUUCGAAAAACGUGCAGAAGUUCAAAUGCUGCCCGGAGGACAGCUUCCCCUCGGUUUUCUUCAACCUCGUUCUCGAACGAUAUUCGGAGGAAAUGCAAGCCACCGUCAUCGCUCCCGCCCUUCUGCUGAUCACAAUUACGAUGACGACUUUGUGGUUGAAUCCAACGUCCACGGAACGGAUGGUACUGGCUUGUUUCAACUUGGUCUGCCAUUUGAUGGUCGUUCAGGAACUAUACUGGGAACUGCCGUGGAACGGUGACGCUGCACCCUCGAUAAUGAUCUUUCACCGGAACUCCAUGAUCAUAGCCGGUUUGGUGAUGUUGUUGACCGCCACGCUGCGUCAACUCAAGGGAAUGUCGAUUCCGGCGCCGAUCUGGUUGACGUCGACAGCCACCGCGAUACUGGACACCAAGGCGGGUCAAUUCAUUCUUCUCGCGAGCUUGGAUCCCAAGGCAUCGGCGUCUCUCGACGCCGAGGAGGACAACGCCGGAUUGGUCCAACCGAGUUCACCCUCGGCAAAGAUAAAUCCCGGGGGUCCGGAUGCCUGGCAUCAUUUCGCCACCCUCGUCGAUCGACUCUCCGUUGUCGCCGUUCUGUUCACCUACGCCAUUAUGAUAAUCGUUCUACUGCCGAAGAACGACCUCAACAACGUCCCCAAUCUAUCCCGCUUUUGAAUCAAUCACCGAUCCAACUGUUCAUAUCCACGUAUAGUAUAGUUACCGUUCAUGUUACCUGUCAUUGCAGGUGUAUUCGUAGGUAAAUCGCAUAACGAUGCGAUGUGCUCCGAAUCUGUGUACACGUGGCGUACGCUUGUCUUCUUUAUAAUAAAUGUGCGAACUGAUCGCCGAAGCUGAGGCUA